GCGUCCCGGCGGCGCCAGGUGCGUCCGCCCCGCCCGGCCCCGCCCGCCCUCCGCCGCCGCAGCCGCCCGGCUCCCCGCGCCGCGGCCGAGAUGGCGACGCGCUCCUGCCGGGAGAAGGCUCAGAAGCUGAACGAGCAGCACCAGCUCAUCCUGGCCAAGCUGCUGCGGGAGGAGGACAACAAGUACUGCGCCGACUGCGAGGCCAAAGGUCCCCGCUGGGCUUCCUGGAACAUUGGUGUGUUUAUUUGCAUCAGAUGCGCUGGAAUCCAUAGAAAUCUUGGAGUUCAUAUAUCCAGGGUCAAGUCAGUCAACCUAGACCAAUGGACACCAGAACAGAUACAGUGCAUGCAAGAUAUGGGAAAUACUAAAGCAAGACUCCUCUAUGAAGCCAAUCUCCCAGAGAACUUCCGAAGACCGCAGACAGAUCAAGCAGUGGAAUUUUUCAUCAGAGAUAAAUAUGAAAAGAAGAAAUACUAUGAUAAAAAUGCUAUAGCUAUUACAAAUAUUUCCUCCUCUGAUGCUCCUCUUCAGCCUUUGGUAUCCUCUCCUUCUCGACAAGCUGCUGUUGAAAAAAACAAAUUGGAGAAAGAAAAGGAAAAAAAAAAGGAAGAGAAAAAGAGAGAAAAGGAGCCAGAAAAGCCUGUAAAACCUCUUACAGCUGAAAAGCUGCAGAAGAAAGAAGAUCAGCAACUAGAGCCUAAAAAAAGUACCAGCCCUAAAAAAGCUCCGGAGCCCACUGUUGAUCUUCUAGGACUCAAUGGCCCUGCAGAGGCACCAGUGACUAAUGGGACCACAGCCACAGCGCCAGCCCUGAACGAUGAUCUGGACAUCUUUGGACCAAUGAUUUCUAACCCCUUGCCUGCAACUGCCACGCCCCCGGGUCAGGGGACAUCCUCUGUAUCAGCCGCUGCCACUCUGUCUACAGUAACCACUGGCGAUCUGGAUCUGUUCGGCGAGCAAAUUGCAAAGUCAGACGAGGUGGCAAAGAAACAGCUCUCCAUGGACUCCAUCCUGUCUCUGUACGGCGCCGGGGCCAUGCGGCAGCAGAGCGCUCCUGGUGUGUUUAUGGGACCCACAGGCAUGCCAUUUGCCUCACAAGCACCGGCGGGAUUUCAAGCCUUUCCGUCCAUGGGCGUGCCUGUGCCUGCAGCCCCGGGCCUGAUGGGAAACGUGAUGGGGCAGAGCACGAGCAUGCUGGUGGGCAUGCCCAUGCCCAACGGGUUUCUGGGAAGUGCACAGACUGGUGCCACGCCCCUUCCUCAGACUGUGGUUGGCCCCCAAGGAGGCGUGGGGGCACAGAUGGGCGCAGCGCAGAGUGCGUUCGGCCAGUGGAGCCUCUCACAGGUGAAUCAGCAGAUGGCCGGCAUGAGCGUUGGCAGUGGGAGCCCCGCGGCGGGCCUGGGGCAGCCGCCCCCCACGGCUGCAGGCUGGGCAGGCAGUGCAGCGGGGCAGACGCUCAGCACGCAGUUGUGGAAGUGAGUGCCACCCCCGUUUCAUCCAAUCUACCGCCUGACAUUCCUGCUAAAAUGCGUCGUCUAGUUCCCGUUAAUUCAUGUACAUACAUUUUUUUCCUUUUCCCCAUUUGUUCAUAUUAAGAAUUACCUGAUUGACCGUGUUGAUCUGUACUUAUUAAGUGUGGUGAAAAGCAGGUUGAGAAACCAUUUGAUGUCCAGGCAGCUGUGCUCACAUUUCCUGUGAUUCAUAAACUAUGUUGGAGAAGCUGCUCAGCCAAUGUGCAUAAUCAGUUUUACUCUGGAUACAAUUAUAGCUCUAAGGUUUGCAUCUAAGGGAAGUAGUUAUCAUGUUAGUAAUACCUCUGACAGUACACACCCCACCCCCAGAUUAGCCAGUAAUCCUGUAGGAAGGUACUAUAUGAUCAAAUGUUUAAUGCUAUAAAUAGAAUGUAAAUGUACCACUGAGCACUGUUUUUUAGUAUCAAAAUUCUUUUAUUUCAUCGUACAUGUCACUGUGCUGUUAUGAUGAUGUCUGUAACAGGGAACCUGGUUAGUGAAAGGAAGAUAAACCUGGAUGUUACUACAAAAGUGAGCUUAACGAAUGUUGAAAGAAUUCAAAUUUUAUCUGCCUCCCUUGUAAUUUGGAUCUCUUCUUAUGUACAUAGUGCUUAAUGUGAAGACCUUUCUCUGCACUAUACGCAAACAGGGUAACUAAACAAAGCCACUUCAGUCCUUGAAGGCAUCUCCAGGUUUAUGACAGUAAUUGUGUUUACAUUUUAUGGUGCCUAGUAUCGACAAAAUGUUAUAGCCCUCUAUUAAACAGAUGACUCCAUAGACCUCU